AUGCCGCUGCUCCGUUCUCCCUCCGCGCGGCGCCAGCUCCGGGCUGCUGCUGCUGCUGCUGCUUCCUGGCCGCGGCCGUGGAGGCGCUGCCGGGCUUCGUUGGGCGCCGGGAGCCCCAGCCAGCGGCUGAUCUCCACGCCCAUCUUCUACGUGAACGGCCCGCCGCACAUCGGGCACCUUUACUCCGCGUUGCUGGCGGAUGCGAUGCACCGGCACCGGCAGCUGCUGGGCCAGGCAGGGGGCCGCUUUGCCACCGGAACCGAUGAACAUGGUCUGAAGAUCCAGACGACAGCGGCAGCUGCAGGCACAUCCCCCGAACGGUUCUGUGACCGCGUCUCAGCCAAAUUCCGGGAGCUCUUCACCCAGGCGGGCAUCAGCUACACUGAUUUCAUCCGUACCACAGAGCCGCAGCACAAGCGGGCCGUAGAGCAUUUCUGGACCACCCUACGGGACCGGGGCUGGCUCUACCGGGCUUAUUAUGAAGGCUGGUACUGCACAGCUGAAGAGAGCUUCUUGGCCACUUCCCAGGUCACGGAACGCCCGGAUGCCCUAGGCCGCAGGCAUGUGGUCUCACUGGAGAGUGGCCACCAGGUGCACUGGACUAAAGAGGAGAACUAUAUGUUCAAGCUGUCCGAGUUCCGGGAACCCUUGCUGAGAUGGCUCCAGGAGAGGAAGCUGGCCAUAACUCCCAAGCCCUUCUACCAGCAGGUCCUGCAGUGGUUAGAGCAAGACCUGCCUGACCUCUCCGUAUCACGUGACCGGGCCCGGCUGUGGUGGGGCAUCCCUGUGCCCGGCGACCCGACCCAGACCAUCUACGUUUGGGUGGACGCCCUGGUCAACUAUCUCACCAUCAUGGGCUAUCCUGAGGGACACCGCGCCUGGUGGCCCGCCGCCUGCCAUGUGGUGGGCAAAGACAUCCUCAAGUUCCACGCCAUCUACUGGCCAGCCCUGUUGAUGGCUGCUGGGCUGGAGCCUCCGGAGCAGAUCUUGGUCCACUCUCACUGGACGGUGCAAGGACAGAAGAUGUCCAAGAGCCUGGGAAAUGUGGUGGAUCCAUGGGCCUGUUUCCGUCGGUACUCAGUGGACGGCUUCCGGUACUUCCUGCUGAGGCAGGGCGUCCCCGAGCGCGAUGGCGACUACUACGACGAGAAGGCGGUCAAGCUGAUCAAUUCGGAGCUGGCAGACGCUCUGGGGGGGCUCCUCAACCGUUGCACGUCCCCCAGCCUGAACCCCAGCAGCACCUACCCAGGCUUUUCGGAGGCCUGCUUCCCUAGGGACAGCGGGGGCUCUGGCAAGGCCUCAGUGGAGGACUAUGAGCUGGUGUCAUCGGUAGGAGCCCUGCCUCAGCAGGUGAGCAGCCAUUUUGAAUGCUUCCAGAUCUACAAGGCUUUGGAGGCCAUUGUGAACUGCGUGAGGCAGACCAACGGCUUCGUCCAGAGGCACAGACCCUGGAAACUGAGCCGUGAGGAUCCAGAACAGCAGCUAUGGCUAGACACCAUCCUCCACGUCGCUCUAGAAUGUCUCCGGGUUUACGGGACCCUGCUGCAACCGGUGAUCCCAGCCAUGGCAGAUAAGCUCCUCACCAGGCUGGGAGUGAGGAGUCCCGCAGAAAGGUCUCUGAGCAACGUGGACUUCCUUUCCCGCUACCACGGCAAAAAAUCCCCCUUUGAAGGGAGGACGCUCGGACCUGAUGCUGGGCUCCUGUUUCCCAAGCUGAAGAAAGCCAAAGACGGAAGCUGAGGAGAACCUUACAUUUUAAAAAGCAAUCAUUCUGAAUAAAAUAUUUGGGAAGAAGAUGUGGCACAGGGAGAAUGGAGUCUUCUGAGAGUGUCUGUUUCCGCAGUCCCCAACCUGGUGCCCUUCAAAAGUGUUGGAUUACAACUCCCAUCACUCCUGGCUGGGGAAUGAUAGGUGUUGUAGUCCAACACCUCUGGAGAGCGCCAGGUUAGGGAAGGCCGGUCUAUUUCCUGCUUUCGGAAGGAAAACAUUGGUAGCAUCUCCGCCUGAUGAUGCUUUGGCCAAUGGCUGCAGGCGCUGAGUGUAUGUUUUGUCUCUGGUUAAAUUCACAAGAAUUCUCUUGACAAAGGACCAUUCCAAACGCUUGAAGUGAGAGCCAGCCUGGCUGGCUGGGAUGCAUCAUCCUCUGAUGGUCCCACCGGGGAUAAGAAUUCCUGUUUAGGUGCCUCUCUCUCAUGCAAACACACGAAUUAGCGUAACACCCAACUUGUGCCUUGAGAGCUCCUUCUCUUCGCUGUUCUUUCCUGACGGUGCCUUAGCUCUUGAGAACGUCAGAAGAGCCCUGCUGGGUCAAACGAAAGUCCCAUGUAGACCGGCGUUCUGUUCCCACAGUGGCUAGCUCCAUGUGCCAAUGGGAAGCCCACACUCGGGAUGUUCCUUAGAAAUACAUAUUCAGAGGCGUACCUUGAAGUGUGAAACAUGUCAACGCAUUGAACGUGCCAGUUUUUUCUUGGUGGAACGGCAG